UAAGAAGCAGGAACAAACAGUCAGCAAAGAGUUCAGUGAAAUACUGGCGAAAUACUUGGAGUUCUAUUCCCGCAUACGCUCAGCUUUGUCGGGAAAGAGGCUGUGGGCCAGAUUAUGAAGUCCCUAACCUUGCUCCCGUCCAACCUGGACCUGAACCUUGACCAAAAGCGCUCCUCCAGGUCCAGCCUGCUCUCCAACUACUCACCUCCUGAUCUGGAGAACCGUCUCCUGGCGCAGUCCUCCACCAUCCUACAGCCCCGGAUCUCCACUCAGCCUCCAUUAUGGCUGACCCAGACCCAGAGCCAGAGCCAGAUCCAGACCUCCGUGCUGUCCUGCUCCUCCUCUCUGCAACCCUCCACCCUCUGCUCCACCUCCUCCUCAUCGCCUCUCCUGACCACCAGUGCCAACUCAUCCUCCGCACUCAGUCGAAGUACUGCCAGACCCUUCACCUCCACCUCCUCCUCCUCCUUCUCCUCGCAUCUUCUUAACACAGAGAACUCCCAGCUGAAGAAGGGAGGCGACUGCCUUCCCCUUCUCCACUCCUCUCUCAUCCCCUCUUCCUUGGUCCUCACCCCCCAGGGGGGCGAGUCGGGGAGUGCGCCUGCGCCCCCCAGCAGUGUGUCUGCAGCUCCGCUGGCCCCCCUCGCUGAGGUGCGGGGGAGAGAGACGGGGGAAGAUGAAGCGGACCACAGACGUGCAGUCAGUAGUCCCAGUCAGCAGGAUUCUGAAUGUGGAAGUGUUGACUAUGAGGGCUUGGAGAUCCCCUCGGAGGUGCCUGCGUUUGCCAUGGACCUGGCUGAGGAGGGGCAAGAGGAGCAGAUCAUAGCUCUAGAUGAGUUUGCGGUCAGGAAACAGCGCGUCGACAGUCAGCUUGAGGAACUGAAGGACAAGAAGUACCUCCUCCUGAAUGCGGUGUGUACCUCUCUAGUGGUGAAGACCUGCACCCCCGGGGCAGAGGACUGGAAAGGAGAGGACUCCGUUUGGACUACAGUUACGAAGCUCGCUGAAGACAUAUCCAAGGCUGACCCUGAGUAUCUGCUAAAGGUGGCGGUGUACACCAGGCAGGAGCUGAACAUCCGCAUCACAGCCAACUUCCUGCUGGCUCUGGCGGCCCACCUGCCCGAGACCAAGGCACACACGCGCCGCUACUUCUGCGCUGCCAUACAACUGCCCUCUGACUGGCUGGAAGUGGUCCGGAUAUACUCAGAGUGUUUCAGCCCCUCCCUGCCUUCCUGUCUGAAGAAAGGCCUCGUGGACAAAUUUAAGCAGUUCAGCGAGUAUCAGCUGGCCAAGUACAACACACGCAAGCACCGCUGUAAACACAACAAGAAACCCAAACCCAAGACGGUGUCAGAGAAGCAGUGGAAGUCUUGGGCCGGGAUGGUGUGGUCCGAUCCCCAGCUGCUGCAGAAAUAUCUGAAGAGUGCCGAGCGUCCUGUGGUGGACAAGAAGCAGAGCAAGUUCAGCCUGAAGAAGCUGAUCCAGAGCCUGCACAUCAAGGAGCCCGCUCAACAUGUCAUGGCCAUCCUAGGGAGGAGGUACCCAAACAGCGCCCAGGCCUUCUCUCGCAGCGGCCUUGACGGCACAUGGCAGAAGGAGUUGGCAGGGAAACGCAUGAAACUGGCACAGCCGGAGACCUGGGACCGCCUGCUCAGCCAGGAGGGAAACAAGGCCGCCACCUGGCAGAAACUGAUAGAUGGAAAAUCUCUGCCGUUCAUGGCCAUGCUGAGGAACCUGAGGAACAUGAUCACACAGGGCAUCAGCGAGAGGCAUCACCAGAAGAUUCUGGCCAGGCUCACUUCCAAGGCCGCUGUGAUCCAGAGCAGGCAGUUCCCCUUCCGCUUCCUCUCGGCCUACAAGAUCAUCCUGGAGCUGGGGAAAGACGUUCCCAAAGAGGCGCAGAAGGUCCCGAGCUCCAUAGACAUCCUGAGGAGCAUCCUGAAGAAGGUGCCCAGGGGCAAGUCUCACAAGAACCUGGACAUGAGCAGCCCUCGUCGCGGGAGGAUGAAGGCAGCGCUGUCUGUGCCCUUCGUCUACCGGCUCUACAAGAUGAAGAGGCAACAAAUGAUGAGACUUGAGGGGAUGACAGCCAUGCUGUACCCUGAGGAGGAGGGUGAGGAGGGGGAGGCCGAGGACAAGGCUGAGAGUGGGAGUGAGGCUGGGAGUGGGAGUGAGGCUGGGAGUGGGAGUGGGAGUGAGAGAAAGGAGAAGGCCAAAAAGAAAGGCAACGACGAUGAUGACGUUCCCUCAGCCACGCCUCAGGAGUUGAAAGCGUUGCUGUGCCUGAUGAUCGCUAGCUGCUGUGAGCAUGCCCAGAUCUUCAUAAAUCAGUACGGGGACAGGUUUAAGGAGGUGACGCUGCAGUCGGACGUGCUCCUGGAUAAUGUCCGCCCAGUGCUGAAACAGGCCAUGGCAUAUGAAUAUCAGAAUAGUAAACCAGACAUAUUCGCUGACCUGAUCGCCGAGAGGGCCCAUGUUGACAACAUAAUUGAACUGUCGUCAUAUGCGGAGUCUUGUUACGCUGCAGUUUUGAAGUACAGAAAGGAGGUCAAUAUGAAUGCCCUGAUGGUGAACAUCUCUUUGGACAGGAACCACCAAAAUAGCUGCGCCCCUGCAGAUCCAAACUUCGUGAACCUCUAUGGCUUCAGUGAGCAGAUCCUAAAGUUCAUUUCUGAGAGAGGCUCGUCUCGGUUCCUGGAGCACGUGGAGCACAUGGACAAGCUGCACGACGUCCCUCCCCCACCCCACACCAAGGAGGACCGCCAGCCAACGGCAGAUGUCAUGCCCAUGCUCUCCAGCCCUAAGCUCAGGUGGCGCAGUGUGCGCGUCUUCAUCUCCUCCACCUUCCGGGACAUGCAUGCUGAGCGCGACGCGUUGGUACGCAGCGUCUUCCCGGAGCUGCGGCGCCGUGCCUCCUCCCUGGGCCUCAUCCCGCAGGAGGUGGAGUUGCGCUGGGGUGUGACGGAGGAGGAGAGCAGCCGGGCGCUGGAGCUGUGCCUGGGGGAGGUGUGCCGUAGCCAGCUGCUGCUGGGGAUCCUGGGCCAGCGCUACGGCCUGGUGCCCCCACAGCCCACCCUGCCAGACAGCCCACAGUACCACUGGGUUAGGUCUGCUCCGCCUGGCUUGUCGAUUACCGAAAUGGAGAUCCGGCAGUUCCAGGCCCUGUGGGGAGAGUCGGCUGCCGGCCGCAUGCUCUGCUUCUUCCGGUCACCACAGCUGUGCAGCUCUGUCCCAGUGGCAUGGAGGGCUGACUUCGUGGCUGAAUCCAGAGAGGCAGAAUCCAAGAUGGCGGCGCUGAAAAGCCAGAUCCUUGACAGUGGGGCCAAGGUGAUGGAGAAUUAUCCCUGUGAGUGGGGAGGUGUUGUGGAUGGGCAGCCCUACGUCAAAGGCCUGGAGGAGUUUAGGAAGGCAGCCCUUGAGGACCUGUGGACCCUCCUUCAGAAGCUAUACGUAGAGGAUGUAGAUGACACUGAUCUCAGGUCAGAGGUCAGGGAACAGGAAGUGUACCAGGAGGCCCUGCAGAGGCAGUUUCACGGGCGGGCCAAACUGGUCUCCACAGCAACGGAGAAAGUGCUGGAGACACAGAAGAAAGGAGGAGUGCUGUUGCUGGACGGCGGGCCCGGAGAGGGCAAGACCAUGUUCAUGGCUGGACUAGCCCAGGCUCUUCAGACUCCAGAGAAACCCAAGGCAAAACAUCAAUGUGAUGUCAUCUUCUACUCCACCGCUGCCAGCCAAUCAGCAUGCAGUAUUCAGCACAUGCUGGGAUGUCUCAUUCACUGGUUAAGAGAAGGCAGGGAAGGGGGUGAUGGCAAAGGUGAUGGUGAUGGUGAGGAGGAGAAGCUACCCUCCUCUUCCUCUUAUAAAGAGCGCCUGGCUGAAUUUGAUACGUUGUUGAGUGGCAGGAAAAAGGGCCAAUCACUGGCCAUUCUGGUGGAUGGGGCAGAUCUUCUGCAGGAUGCACUUGGCAGACUGGUCUCUGAUUGGAUGCCUCAGAGUUUGCCUCAGGGUAUCUCUCUGGUCCUGAGUGUUACCACCAACUCGGCUGUCCAGCAAACUAUUCUGAAGAAGAAAGGUUCCGCCUCUCUUUCCCUGGGACAGCUGGCCUUGCCUGACAGAAAAGAGAUUGUUCAGAAGGAGCUUAGUGUUUAUGGAAAGAAACUCAGCGACUCUGCAUUCAACAAUCAGCUUCAGACCCUGCUGAUGAAGAAGGGAGCCUCCAGCCCCCUCUACCUCCACAUGGCCUGUGAGGAGCUCAGGAGCUACGCUUCUUUUGACAAGAUGAAGGACAGUCUGCAGUCUCUUCCCCAGAGCCUGUCUCAGCUGGUUGAGCGUGAGCUGCGCAGGCUGCUCACCCAGUACAGCCGCUGGGCCUUAGACAUGGCUCUGGGGACACUGGCUGCCAGCGACACUGGCCUGAGAGAGAGAGACCUCUACUCCAUACUGAUCAUGUGCAACAACCUCUCUGCGAAAGAAGGUCAGGUGACCUGGAAGGAAGCUCUGGAGCUUGCCAGGUCAGCUGACCAGCCACAGGACCGGAUCCCCAUGGCAGCCUUCACCCAGAUGGUCCAUUGUUUGCAGAGCCUCAUUGGCCCGUCCAACACUCACAACCUGGACGACUUCCUGAGGCUGACCAAUCCCGAGGUGGCGUGUGCCUUUGAGGAGCAGUUCCUGUCAUCAGACGAGGAACGCACCAGAGCUCAUCUCCUGCUCGCUGCUCACUUGUGGGUGCGUGCGGACCCCCAGGGGAAGGGCACCUUCCUGCAUUGCGACUCUGAUGCCAUUGCCCACCUACCAAAUCACCUGAGGGGUUGUGAUGAGUGGGAUGUCUUGUUCGAGCUGCUCUCCAGUUUUGACUUCCUGUUUGCCAACGUGAGGCUGGGCCUGUUGAAUCAUCUCCUGGAGACCUACGACGCCUAUGAUGGCGUCCUGACGAGCGACAUGGAGGCCUGUCAGAAGUUCCUGAAGAAGCACGCCCCUCUGCUCUCCCAUUGGCCAGCCCUGUUCCUGCAGCAGGCCCUCAACGAAUCAGACGACAGUCCCGCCCACCUCUGGGCCAGAGGCAUCAUGGGUAGAAGCAGCUUGCGUGGGGCACACAUGCUGGAGCGCCUUUACAAAGCAGAAAACUCAGAGACUAGGGACACCACUGCUGAGGCAGCGGGUUCGCUGGUUUCCACAUUCCAAUCGGAGCCCACCUGUGUAGUCCUGAGCCCGGCCGGUGACGUGGUUGCCGUGGGGACAACACAGGGCACCCUGCAUUUCUUCCGCGCUCAGACGGGACAGGAGGUGACGUCUCUGGUGAGCAACAGCGAUGGCAUCUCGGGCUGCGUGUUCCUGAAGGAUGGCCUUUUGGCCUCCACCUCCUACGACGGCCGCGUAGAGCUGUGGGACGUGCAGAGUGCCUGCAGGGUCACACGUUUGGAGGCGCAUAAUGAUAGAAUCACAGGAAGUGAUGUCAGUCGAGACAGGAAGCACCUGGUCACAGUCUCCUUGGACUUCAAUAUCAAGGUGUGGACCUCUCCUCAGGGCACACCGGCUGGCAGCCUGUCCAGUCCGAGCCCACUGAACUGCGUGACCUUCGACCCGGAAGGACAUCAUAUCGCUGCUGGCUGCUGGGACGGAUCGGUGCGCAUCUGGAAGUGGCUCAAAGAGACUGAGGCAAAGGCGAUGCCAGGACAUGGCCAUUCGGUGCGGAGCCUGUGUUUCUCCCCGUGCGGCUCUCUGCUCUGCUCGGGCUCGCUGAGUGGAGAGGUGCGCCUCUGGUCCGUGGCCAAGUCCACGUGCGUGGGCAGCUUCCAGGCCCACCGCGGCUCCACCCAGAGUCUCUCCUUCCUGCAGGGCGGGCAGAGGCUUCUCACCGCCGGCGCCGACGCUAUGGUCCAACUCUGGUCUGGUGGUCUUGGUCGCUCAGUGUGUGUCUUGGGUGAAGAGAUGCAGGACUCCUCCAAGUCCAAGAUGAGGUCGUCCAGCCGGAAGACUUCAGCAGCGGCUGCUGCCCUCUGUGUAGCCGUCUCCAACGGUUACGCUGCUGUAGGAUACCAUGGCAACGGCGUCAAGCUGUUCCAUCUGGAGUCAGGAGAGUGCGUGUGGGAAAGUGCUGUUCAGCACGUGUCCAUAACAUGCCUGCUGUGGCUGAGCGGCGGGAAGAAGGGCCAGGAGACCCAGCUGCUGUUGGGGGCCGGAGGGGACCAUCGACUCCGCGUGUGGAGAAGGAGGAAGCUGGAGGAGCAGGAGGAUGGUGGAAGUGGUGGAGAGUUGGUUCUCCAGGGAACAUUCGGUGUGCAGAAGGGGGCAAUCACUGCCCUGGUACAGAGCCACACCUAUGUGGCCUCAGCCUCAGAGGAUUUCACCAUUGCACUGUGGUCAGUGGAGGAGCUGCUGUCGGAGCGCUGGGUGCAGCCCCAGGAGGUGUGCCUGCUGAGGGGCCACGGCGGCGGGGUCACCUGCCUGGCCUUCAGCCCUGACCAGAAGCAGCUGGUGUCCGGAAGCAAAGAUCAGGCCCUUAUGUUGUGGAAUCUGAGGUCUUCGCCCCCUUCUCUCUCCAAGACGCUGCCCAACUGCCAUAGCGACUGGAUCACGGGGUGUGCCUGGGUUGCUGAUGGUGUUGUAAUUGUGAGCUGCUCCCGGAAUGGCUGGGUGCGUCUGUGGGAUGGGGACACAGGAAGUAUCGGCGCAGAGAUGUCCGCCUCUGCCUCCCUCAGCUCCCUCUGCUGUGUGGAUGACUAUGUGAUGGCGGGCUCGACUGACGGAUGCCUGUUUGUGUGGAAGAGGACGACUUGCAUGAAGAUCACCCAGAUCCAGGCACACAACUCCUGCAUACAGCACUGUGCUGUCAUCCCCAAAGAUGACAAGGGGCGCCAAGAGAAGGAUCUCCUGGUUGCCACGGCGUCAGAGGAUGGAACAGUGAAGUUGUGGCAUCCCCUACAGGUGCACCACCACAGUACUCUGAAUGGCCACAGCUUGGGUGUGGAGUCGGCCGUGAGCAGCUCCAGCGGCGCACCGGCCCUCUUCACCGUGUCCCGCGACCUCUCGCUCCGCACCUGGGCCCUGGACGCCGCCCUGGAGGUCCCAGCAUGCCCUCGGGACAUUGUGACUGCCCUGUGCUUCAUCUGUGAUGGCCAGUUGCUGGCGGCUGGCCACGAGUCAGGCAGAGUGGACAUUUGGCAUCGCAAUAAGGUCAUCUCUAGCACUCAGGUGAGUGAUCGAGGAGUGACUGCUUUCUCCACGAUGCCAGAGGACCAGCUGGCUGUGGGCUGCUGGGACAAGAAGGUUUACGUUUGGAAAGUCCACUGGGACCCCCUGCGCCAGACUGCACGUUUGGUGAAGGACACAUCAUAUGAGCUGGAGAGCCCAGCGAGGCACCUUCAUCACUGCAAAAUUCUUCUAGGGGUAACUCACUGUGGACUCAUCAGCAAACUUGCCCACACAGAGCAUCGAAUGGACUCAAUCCACAAUUGGCAGCGUAGUCAUCGUGUCCUUGCAGUGCUUCCAAAUGAUGUCAAGAGCUGCUGGAUGGUAGCGGAAAGGGAGGGAAAGCUCACGUUUGGAUUCCUUCUGUGCAUAAAUCCAACCGGCUAUAUGCACUCCAGCUUCUGUGAGAGUUCACUGCUUGGAGACUCGGAUGAUGAUGAGCCCAAGAAGGAGCCACCCUUUGCCACUGCCGUCACCAUGGAAGAAGAUUUGGUGGUGUAUGGAGAUGUCAAUGGCGAUUUGUGGUUCAACCAGCUCUCUGACGUGACUAUCUGUGGCAGUACCCCUGCUCACAGUGACCGGAUUAGCGUGGUGAGGCUGACCAAGAAGUUCAUCAUCUCUGGCUCUUACGACCGAACUGUCAAAGUGUGGGACAAACAGACCAAGAAACAGGUGGGGAUGUUUGUGUGUGAUGGCCCAGUGCAUACCCUGGAGGUCGCCACACAGGACUCCAGACAGAUGGUGUGUGCAGAUGGACUGGGGAAAAUCUACUUCCUCUCCUGGACAGAGUAAUAAAUCCACUUCCUGUUCCAAGUUGAGUUAUUAUGGAUUACAGAUGAAAUCAAACUCCGUCAUCAUAAUGUGCACCAUUAUUUUUUAGCAUUCUUCCUCCACGUAGAUUCCACCAAGUGUGCCUGCUCUUCCUUUGCAAGUUUUUAUGUUUUUACAUUUUGUAUUUUUUGAUUAUUAUGAAUUAUUAUGCUGCCUGCCUGAUUUCAUCCUUAACCCAGAGUCUAUCAGUUUGUAUGACUUAAAGGUAUAAGCAGUGCAUGUGUGCUGUAUGUUGUUUACAGAAGUGGGACGGUAGAGGAAGUUUAAUGAUUAAGCUUUUCUUAUUUGAAAAAAGAAUGAAAAAGAACGUUAUGUAACGCUAAAUCACUUUUGUUAAAUCGCUCGUAUACCAAAGGUGCCUUUUAUUUAAUCCAAAAUAAACUGGUGAUGUGAAGAAUGGAA